CAUGGUUCCCCCAAACAAAUAAUUCAUAAACUGUGAGUUGUUAUCGUUGAAGAUGACGGAGUAGUAUGUAGUACUAAUGUAAUUAUUGAAUAGUCACGCCAAAAAUAGUCACCCGAUUAUUAUUGAAUCAGUAGGCUGGUACUGGGAUUCUACUCGUAGUAAUAAGAAAUCAAUCGGUCCGAGAAUGAGGAUAGUGGGGCUGACCGGAGGGAUUGGAUCAGGGAAGAGUACCGUCUCCAAUCUUUUCAAGGCCCAUGGUAUUCCGGUCGUCGAUGCCGAUGUCAUCGCUCGUGAUGUUUUGAAAAAAGGUACUGGUGGUUGGAAAAAGGUGGUGGCGGCUUUUGGGGAGGACAUCCUGCUUCCUGACGGAGAGGUGGAUCGCCCGAAGUUAGGUCGCAUUGUAUUUUCUGAUCCACAAAAACGCCAGAUUCUUAAUAGAUUUCUGGCACCAUACAUCUCAUCAGGCAUUCUCUUGGAAGUGUUGAAACUAUGGAUGAAGGGGUGCAAAAUUAUUGUGCUCGAUGUCCCUUUGUUGUUUGAAGCCAAGAUGGACAGGUGGACAAAUCCUAUUGUUGUUGUUUGGGUUGAUCCCAAGACUCAGCUCCAUCGGCUCAUGGCAAGAGAUGGAACCACAAAAGAAGAUUCUAAGAGCAGGAUUAACUCUCAAAUGUCUCUUGAUCUCAAAAGGACCAAAGCAGAUAUUCUAAUAGAUAACACUGGAUCACUGGCAGAUCUGAAUGAAAAUUUUCAGAAGGUAUUGGCCCAGGUCACAAGGCCUUUGACAUGGACAGAAUUUGCUCUAUCUAGACAGGGUGCUAUUGUUGCAUCUAUAUCCAUUUUUCUAGGCAUCAUCAUAUGCAGGAAAUGUUUGUGAUGAUAUUGCAUUUAUUUAUUGAGAUAAAUUUCAUAAACUUCUUAUUGUUGAACUCAGCCUUGUGAAAUUUGGAAGGCGUUAAUGAUCCUUAAUGUACUAUAUAAUUGGAACUAUAAUCUUCUUGUGUCUCACCUAAAAUAAUGCAGAAUGGUUUAAUGGAGCUUCUGUUUCAGUUCAGUGA